AUGGGUGUACCACCUAUUUGGGAAAUACUAAAGCCUUUUAUUCAAGAUUCACGUAUUCCAUUAAAAGUAUUUGUUUCUGAAUUCUAUAAGAAAAAUAAUCAAUUUCCUAGAAUUGCUAUUGACGGUUAUACAUGGCUCUUCGAAUGUGGAUUUAUUGUAAAAAUCCCCCCUAAAAAUGCUAAUAAUAAUAAUAAUAAUAAUAAUGAAAAUGUCAGUUAUAUUUCGAACAGUAAGGCAAUGACAAAUUUUGUUUACCGGCUCAAGGAAUUAUUAUCUCUGAAUAUUGAAAUGGUUUUUGUAUUUGAUGGUAACCUGAAACCCUGGUUUAAGAAUAAAUAUAAAUCUGAAAAAGAUUAUAAUAUUUUAGCUAAUGAAAAGGAUAACGAUUAUCUUGAGUUAUAUAAUGACCAUUUGAAAAGUCAUCAAACCAAAAAUCAAUGUCUAGCGUUAAAUGAUUCAUUUCAUGAACCUUCAUUUUUAAAAUCUGUGAAAAAAUUAUUAGAUCAUUUAAAUAUUCCUUAUCUUCAAGCAUGUGGUGAAGGGGAAGCACAAUGUGCUUGGUUAAAUAUUAAUAGAUAUGUACAUUACGUUUUGGCUAAUGAUUCUGACACUUUAAUGUUUGGUUGCAAAAACAUGUUGAGAAAUUUUUCAAAAUUCUGGGAUGACAAAGGUGCUACUGCAGGUUCUGGGAGUAGUCCUGAAAAGCAUCGUGAUAACAAAGAAUAUUUUGUUACUGUUAUUAACAUGGACGAAGUUCAAAAACAAAGCAUUCAUAGAAUUGAUAGAUGGUCUUUGUUAUUUUUUAGCGUUCUUUUAGGAGCUGAUUAUAAUGAUGGUGUAAAAGGCUUAGGCAAAGUAAAGGCUGCAAAACUAAGUUACUCAACGGCUCCUGAUUUUUCUUUAAAAUUCAGAAAGAUAUUCGAAAAUAUAGAUCAAGAAAAGAAAAGAAGGAUAGAAAAGUAUGAUUCUUUUAAAAAGGAGGUUUUUGAAUAUUGUAAGAAUCACUCUGUUCAGCUCUUCGGUAGAAAUUAUAAGACUUUAUUAGGCGAAGAUGCAUUUGAAGGAUGGCCGAUUGAAUAUGUAGUAAUGUUUUAUUUUCAUCCUUAUUUAUUAUAUUCUGUUGAAGAUUGGAUGAGAAAUUUGGACUUUGAUGAUUGCACUGAGUGUAAAAUAGACGAUUUAGAGAAGAUACAAUUUUCAUCUCUUCACAAAUAUUUAAGAAAAGGCCAAAUUUAUGGUGUUACAAACUUUGAUCGCUGGUUUCAUUCUACAAUGCAUGAAUCAUUUUUGCUACGAUAUAUCUGGCUAAAUAAUUCAAUUGAUAAAAAGAUUAUGAAAAUUACAGAGGAGAAGACAACAUCGAUUGGAAAUUCACCCGAGACUCUUGUAUUUUAUAAAGUGAGAUAUAAUUCAUUUCUUGAAGGUAUUGAGUAUGAUGAAACUAUGGACAUAUCUAGAUCAUCAUCUCCAUCAAAAUCUCCAUCAAAAUCUCCUAUCAGACCAUCAAUAUUAAAAACGCCAGGUAAAUCGCCUUCGGGAUCAUCUAAAAAGCUUCCGAUUAGAUCACGAAGUCCUACUAGGCGGCAAAUGGAUAUUAAAGAAUAUAAAUUUGGUGUUUGGAUUUUGAAAGACCUCAUUCCCAAAAAUCAUACAUUAGUAUUAGACUACAACAAACGAAUGAAUGAGAAAACACUGCAGGACUCACAAAAAAAAACUCGCUCACCUAGAAAGAAAAAGUAUUCUCAAAAGAACACACUGGAUGGGUUUCUAAGUAAACAUUCUUCUCCUAGUAAGUCUUCAUCUCCAACUAAAACCCUACACACUAGCACAAAUAAAUUACAAUUAAACAAGGAUUCAUUUGUUCCAAGCAAGCCUGUUAAAAGACAAUUAUUUAUUGACAUUUACUCAUCUGAUUCAGAGCAUGGUAGUCAGCAUCUAUCCACAAAAGUUGAAGCUAAAGACGAUUCUUUAGUGAUAUUGGAGGAUUAUAAAAUUGAUAAUGAUAUUUCUGAUAUAUCGCCCACCAAAUCUAAUCAAGAUUUGGGCUGUUCCACUCAGGAACUAGAUGUACAGGAUGAAUCGCCAUUAAAAAGGCAAAGACUGGUAAGAAAUUCAUCACUGCUGGAUCAAUCACCGAAUACCAUAUCAAGUGAUAAGUUUCCACAAUCGUAUAAUUAUAAAUCGAUAAACUCAUCUCAAUCGCCAAAAAAAUCGCUUUUAAUUCCCCCACUCACAUCACCCUCCAAACUUGAGACUAAUAUUUCUAUACCAAAGACAUCCCAUUCACACGAAUUGCAAAAACAGCAUAGUACCUUAUCCUCCAUGAUAUCAGAAACAGAUGAUCAAUAUUCCAUCAAUAAAAAUGAUCCCUUACAUUUGGAUGAAAAUUCAAAAAAGAAACCUAUUUCAACUUCUAAGAAAUCAUCAUUUCCUGAAGAAAAAAUAUUAUACCAGAAUCCAGUACCUAAACUAACAAGAGGUGAGUCUAUUUUGGAUCGUUUAGCACAAGAAGCACAAGAGGUAUAUGACGAUUUUCAAAACUGCGGUACGCUCUCCGACAUUACUCUUGAUGAUGAUGACUCUCUUACUCUUACGUAA